GAAGGUUCUUAAACAGCGCAGUGAGAUCUGACACUGAGCAGGAUGCAGAGCCCUAUGGUCCCACUAAACGUUCCUCUGAGUGAUGGCAGAGGAGCAGGGACAGUCGUGGUGUCCAUGCCGGAGCAUCCACCUGAUUAUACAGUGUGGUCUAUUGCCACCUUCUUCUAUGGCAACCCGUGCUGUCUGGGCCUGGUCGCCUUGAUUUUCUCCAUGAAGUCCAGGGACCAGAAGAUGGUGGGUGACAUGAUUGGAGGGAAAUCUUAUGGCUCCAAGGCACGCCUUUUCAAUAUCAUUGCACUUGUGCUUUUCGCCAUAUUUAUCAUACUUUUCAUAGUGAUAAUGGUAAAGACCGUUUCUGCAGUUUCCAGCAUCAGUAACUAUUACAGCAGAGGAAGAACCUAUGGAAACUACUAA